AUGGUGGCCCUUCAAGAAGCGUGCUACGGUGUAGCAUUUGCGUCGGUGGUUACUGCUGAUGAGGAUAAGUUUAAAGAGAGCAUCCAGUUUUAUCACUCGCUGGGUUUCUCUACGGUGAAGGAUUUCAACAAGUUCAAGCAUGGAGAGAAUCUAAUUCUGUCGUCAGGCACUUCACAGGACUCUUUGAAGGAAGCUUGGUUGGAAGCGUUCAAAUUGAGCGAAAUCGAUGAGUGUGGGUUCCGCGUCCCACAGCAAGAGGCAAAGAACAAGCAGCAGAGCGGUGGGGCUCUGGUUAAGAUUCGUCUUGUUAUGCAUGAGCCCAGCAAGGAGAAGAACAGAGAUGACUGUGUGGUGACGUAUUUCACGACUGAGCUGGACCAAGUGUUGGAGAAGUUUCCGGAGGCCGAGAAGGUGUCUGACAGUGUGGUGUUCAUCAGAGACCCUCUUGGGAACCGGAUUGGAUUCAGUAGCUUGGCGUCUCCGCUGGAUGAGCGACCAACCAGCAGGGAGUUCUUUUUAAACGACGGUGUCGUGGACGCCCAGGCGGCUAAUGGGAGCCAGCCAGUGGACGCUCUAAGACAGACUUUGGCUGCCGGCGAGAGAAGGAAGAAAAUCGCCGUGAUGACCUCUGGUGGUGACUCGCCCGGCAUGAACGCUGCCGUCCGUGCUGUGGUUCGUACGGGUAUCCACUACGGUUGCGACGUUUUUGCCGUUUACGAGGGUUACGAAGGUUUGCUGAAGGGCGGCGAGUAUUUGAGACAGAUGAAAUGGGAAGACGUUAGAGGUUGGCUGAGCGAGGGCGGUACUUUGAUUGGUACUGCUCGUUCCAUGGAGUUUAGAGAACGCUGGGGUCGUAAGCAAGCUGCCGGUAACCUGAUCUCUCAAGGCAUCGAUGCGUUGAUUGUGUGCGGUGGUGACGGUUCGCUGACAGGUGCGGAUCUUUUCAGAUCGGAAUGGCCCUCCUUAGUCGAGGAGCUUGUCAAGGACGGCAAGUUCACCCAAGAGCAGGUCGAGCCAUACAAGAGUUUGACUAUUGUCGGUCUUGUGGGAUCCAUCGAUAACGAUAUGGCUGGUACUGAUUCGACUAUAGGCGCUUACUCUGCGUUGGAGAGAAUCGUCGAAAUGGUGGACUACAUCGAUGAAACCGCCAAGUCGCACUCUCGUGCCUUCGUUGUGGAGGUCAUGGGCAGACACUGUGGUUGGUUGGCUCUGAUGGCAGGUAUCGCAACCGGUGCGGACUACAUCUUCAUUCCUGAGAGAGCCGUUCCACAUGGCAAAUGGCAGGAAGAAUUGAAGGAAGUUUGUCAAAGACACAGAAACAAGGGUAGAAGAAACAACACAGUUAUUGUUGCUGAAGGUGCUCUUGAUGAUCAAUUGAACCCUGUGACGGCAGAUGACGUCAAAAACGCUUUGCUCGACCUCGGUUUGGACACUAAAGUUACUAUUCUAGGUCACGUUCAAAGAGGUGGUACUGCUGUUGCCCAUGACAGAUGGUUGGCUACCUUGCAAGGUGUUGACUCUGUGAAGGCAGUUUUGGAGAUGACCCCACAGACACCAUCCCCAUUGAUUGGUAUUCUGGAGAACAAGAUCAUCAGAAUGCCAUUGGUUGAAUCCGUCAAGAUGACUAAAUCUGUGGCUACCGCUAUUGGGAACAAAGACUUCGACAAGGCCAUUUCUCUAAGGGACACGGAAUUCAUCGAACUGUAUGAAAACUUCAUAUCCACCACUGUUAAGGACGAUGGUGCUGAGAUGCUGCCUGUGGAUGAAAGAUUGAACAUUGGUAUUGUUCACGUCGGUGCUCCUUCCGCUGCUUUGAAUGCCGCCACCCGUGCUGCCACUUUGUACUGUGUUUCUCGAGGUCACAAGCCAUUGGCUAUUCUAAACGGCUUCAGCGGUUUGAUCCAAACUGGUCAAAUCAAGGAAUUGUCAUGGAUCGAUGUCGAGAACUGGCACAACCUUGGUGGUUCUGAAAUUGGUACUAACAGAUCCGUUGCUGCUGAUGACAUGGGUACCGUUGCUUAUUAUUUCCAAAAGGCCAAAUUAGACGGUUUGAUCAUCAUCGGUGGUUUUGAAGGUUUCAACUCCUUGAAUCAGCUCCGUGACAGCAGAAAGGAAUAUCCGAUCUUCAACAUCCCAAUGGUUUUAAUUCCUUCUACUAUCUCUAAUAAUGUCCCCGGCACUGAAUAUUCGCUGGGUGUUGACACAUGUUUGAACUCAUUGGUCAAAUACACCGAUGAAAUCAAACAAAGUGCCUCCGCUACGAGGAGGAGAGUCUUCGUGUGUGAGGUGCAAGGUGGCCACUCCGGUUUCAUUGCCUCUUUCACCGGUUUGAUUACUGGUGCUGUCUCUGUGUACACACCUGAGGACAAGAUUACUUUAUCCACAAUCAGGGAGGACCUGGCAUUGCUGAAGGAGAACUUCCGUCACGACAAGGGUGAAAACCGUAACGGUAAGUUGGUAAUUAGAAAUGAACAAGCUUCCAGUGUUUACAGCACAGAACUGUUAGCCAACAUAAUUUCAGAAUCCAGUGACGGCAGAUUCGGCGUUAGAACCGCUGUCCCCGGUCAUGUUCAACAAGGUGGUUUCCCAAGCUCCAAAGACCGUGUGACCGCAUCGAGAUUUGCCGUCAAAUGUAUCAAAUUCAUUGAACAAUGGAACAAGAAGGACAUUGCUCUCGACCAAAACGCCGGCGACGAGAAAGUGCUAAGAUUCAAAUACGACUUGCAUGGAGCUAAGGUCUCGACCGUUGACAACGAGGACAACUCUGCUGCCGUCAUCUGUGUCAACGGAUCCAAGGUCUCCUUCAAGCCAAUCGCCCGCUUGUGGGAGUGCGAGACAAACGUCGCGCUGAGAAAGGGACACGAAGUUCACUGGACCGAGUUCAGCAGAAUCGGUGACAUUCUAUCCGGCAGACUCAAGUUGAGAGCCGAAGUGGAAGCUUCAAACAGCCGUUGA